AUGAGGAAAUGUGUACUUGAAUUUGGGGGACUGCUUGAAGGGUUCACGCUGUGGUACAAGGAGGAGCGGCUUGUGGAGUACGAGAGCAGCGGUGGCAGAAUCCGCGUGCUGACGCUGCCCGAGGGUAUGAGCCAUCUGGAGAUCGAGGACGCUCGAACGGCCGACUCCGGCAACUACACGUGCUCCCCGUCGGGUGGUGUCCCUGCCUCGCUCGUCCUCAACGUUAUCGAGGGUGAGGAAUGGGGCAUCCGCCGGCCGACCCUAAGUGCUGUGUUUGAUAUGCGAGAGACUGUCCGGGUAAUCCAAGAUAUUUCCUCUUCAGGUUAUUCCAAGAUGUUCCUCCUUCAGAGAAAGCAGGUUACCGGCGCCGGAAACCAGCGUGAUAAAGUGUUCCCAGAGGACGCGGGUAACCAGUUCCGACUCACUGUAGUGUGA